GUUGGCAACUCUACACUGUUUUCACAACUCAUCGUCCGCCGUCGUUCGGGAUUUUUCAAGCUCGGGUGAAAAUCUCAACAAAAGUUUGCAUUUUGUGCUGUUAAUUCGCAAGGAAGAGAGCCUAGUUUUAUCGUGUUCCGGUGCCGCAACCAUGUCCACCACGGAAAAGAUUGAAGAAACACCGGUCGUUAAGGGCAAGGGCAAGGAAAAAGAGGAGGAAAAAACUGAGCUGAGUGACGAGGACAAGCAGCUGCAGGAUGAGUUGAAUAUGUUGGUCGAGCGGUUGCAGGAACCGGCGACGGAGUUGUACCUGCCGGCGCUGGAGACGAUGGCCAAGUUGAUUAAGGCGUCGACCACGUCGAUGACGUCGGUUCCGAAACCGCUCAAGUUUAUGCGGGCCCACUUUGAGACGAUGAAGGAGAUUCAUAAGAAGAUGACGGCGUCGCUGAAGGACAAGGUCACGACGAAGCUGUGCGCGGAGAUUAUUUCCGUGCUGGCCAUGACCAUGGGAACCGGCAAGGAGUGUUUGGUGUAUCGACUGUUGUGCGACGACACCAAUGAGAACAUUGGCGAUUGGGGUCACGAGUACGUGCGCCAUUUGAGCGGGGAGAUUGCGUCGAAUUGGCCGGAAACGACGGAGGAUUUCAAGAAGCGGUUAAUCUGCCUGGUCAACCAGAUUAUUCCGUACAACAUGGCGCACAAUGCCGAGGCGGAAGCGUGCGAUUUGUUGAUGGAGAUUGAACGGUUGGAUUUGUUGGAGGCGUACGUGGACGAGAGCGCUUAUCCGCGGGUUUGCCUGUAUCUGCAGAGUUGCGUUCCGUACGUUCCGGAACCGGAGAACAUCAGCCUGCUCAAGUGUGCGCUGAAUCUGUCGAGGAAGUUCAAAAUGCACACCCAGGCGAUGCGACUGGCGCUGAUGAUCAACGACAUGCCGUUGAUUCAGGACAUUUUCACUUCCUGCAACGAUCUUGCCCUGCAGAAACAGUUGGCGUUUAUGCUUGGUCGCCAGCAGAUCUUCCUGGAGCUGCCGGAGGGUUCGAAUGAUUACGAUGACCUCGUGGAGAUCAUGUCCAACUCGCAUCUGAACAAUCACUUCCUGAAUCUGGCCCGUGAGUUGGACAUUAUGGAGCCCAAAACGCCGGAAGAUGUGUACAAGUCACAUCUGGACAAUUCUCGCACUCCGUUCGGAUCGUCGCAAAUCGAUUCUGCUCGUCAGAAUCUGGCCGCUAGUUUCGUGAACGGUUUCGUAAAUGCCGGGUUUGGCCAGGACAAGCUGCUCAUGGAGGAUGGCAACAAGUGGCUGUACAAGAACAAGGAGCACGGAAUGUUGAGUGCCACGGCGUCGCUCGGAUUGAUCCUGCUGUGGGACGUUGACGGUGGUCUGACUCCGAUCGACAAGUAUCUUUACUCAAACGAAGACUACAUCAAGUCAGGAGCUCUGCUGGCUUGCGGCAUCGUAAACUGCGGCGUCCGCAACGAGGUCGAUCCGGCUCUGGCUCUGCUGUCGGAUUACGUUCUGCACCAGAACAGCACCAUGCGGAUUGGCGCCAUCCUCGGCCUGGGCCUUGCCUACGCCGGUUCCAAUCGUUCCGUCGUCCUCGAACUCAUCGGUUCGGUAUUCAGCUCCGAACGCCGCACCGGUUCCACGAUGGAAGUCAUGGGAAUCGCCGCCCUCUCCCUCGGAAUGAUCGCCGUUGGGUCGUGCAACAGCGAAGUCACCGAAGUCCUGCUCCAGACCAUCAUGGAUCGUUCCGAGCUCGAGCUCAAGGACACUUACGCCAGAUUCCUUCCGCUCGGUCUCGGUCUCGUCUAUCUUGGCCGACAGGAAGCCGCCGAAGCCGUCAUCGCUGCCCUCGAGAUCAUCCAGGAACCGUUCCGUUCGAUGGCCACCACCAUGGUCGAAAUCUGCGCCUACGCCGGAACCGGAAACGUCCUAAAGAUCCAACAGCUGUUGCAUCUCUGCUCAGAACAUUACGAACCGGCCACGACCGAAAGCGAGAGUUCCUCCUCAAAGAAGGACGCCGCCGCGGCCGCAGCCGCUGCCCAAAAGGAAAAGGAGGACAAAGAAAAGGACCUGUCCGGAUGUCAAUCCGUUGCCGUCCUCGGAAUCGCCCUCAUCGCAAUGGGAGAGGAAAUCGGCUCGGAGAUGGCCUUCCGUUCGUUCGGAAAUCUGCUCCGUUACUGCGAACCGUGCAUCCGUCGAUCGGUUCCGCUGGCCCUGGGUCUCAUCUCGGUGUCCAACCCCAAACUAAACAUCCUGGACACGUUGAGCAAGUUCUCCCACGACAGUGACGCAGAAGUGGCCCACAAUGCCAUCUUCGCCAUGGGUCUCGUCGGCGCCGGAACGAACAACGCCCGGCUGGCCGCGAUGCUUCGUCAGUUGGCCCAGUACCACGCCAAGGACCCGAACAACCUGUUUAUGGUCCGUAUCGCCCAGGGGCUGACCCAUCUCGGCAAGGGAACGCUCACGCUCAGUCCGUUCCACAGCGAUCGGCAGCUGAUGAGUCCAGUCGCGGUCGCCGGGCUGCUGGCCACUCUCGUCUCCUUCAUGGAUGUUAAGAAUAUUAUCUUGGGCAAAUCGCACUAUCUGCUGUACACGAUGGCCACCGCCAUGCAGCCCCGUAUGUUGAUCACCUUCACCGAGGACCUGAGCCCGUGUCCGGUUCCGGUGCGCGUGGGAAUGGCCGUCGACGUAGUUGGCCAGGCCGGCAAGCCCAAGACCAUCACCGGCUUCCAGACGCACACGACGCCGGUGCUGCUGGCGAUGGGCGAACGGGCCGAGCUCGCCACCGAGGAGUACAUCUCCCUCACGCCAAUCAUGGAAGGGUUCUGCAUCCUGCGGAAAAAUCCCAACUACGUCCCGUAAGGCGUUCAGACGGCGCGGACGCCACGGAAGGGCGGACAAUCCUUAAGACUAACUCACAUUUAAAUAAAAAAUAUUUUGCAAGCGAUAAAUAAAACAUGAACACUA